AAGCGAGCGAGGUAGGGGGGUUGGGUGAGAGCAUAUUGCUCGCUGAGUACUGAUUCACAUCAUCUCAAGUUUUGCACGGGGAAAUUCGUGAUGAUGUACAGUGGAUCAUCACUGGUAAUUCUGGUACUCAAAUCUUUUUCACUACACCACACGAAGGGGGCAACUUGUGGACGCCCAACACUACGUCAAACCUUUCUAGCGCCCCGGCCAUCAAACAAAUGGAAAUGGCGCAGAUUGCUUUGGCGUUGGUCUAACCAACGGAGAUGCUUUGGGGCAAGUCAGUCGAGACGGUCGGGAUUUGUGGAGAUAUUCCGGGUAAUUGGUACGGACAUGUUCGGCCCCGGUCUUUAAGCAGCCGGUGCACGUGCUUACGACCAAGGGAGCAGUUCUCUCCGCCUCCUCAUCACGUUUGCGAUAGCACCAGCAAGUUAUGUUUUAAGGACUUAUUUCUGUCUAAAUGCAAUGCUAGACUACC